CUUCUCUCCCUUUUCUUGUUCUCUACAACAACAACCUUCUCUUUUUCUCUUUAACCCAAUUUUAUUCAAGAAAUCCCAAAGAUGUACAACGAAUGCACCUCUCCCUCUUCCGCCAGAUCAACAAGAACUCACAGAAUGCGAUCUCCCAUCUGCUGCUUAGGAGCCGCCAACGCCGUGGUCGAACCAGAAGCAAUGAUCAUCGGGCAGAGAACUCCUAAAUCUCCUUACGAGUGGCUCAAAUCCACGGCGCAGGAGCUAGAGAUCAGAGAUCGUUGCCGACGUGUCAAGUCACGCAUCAAGGUCACGUGCCGCAACAAUAACUGCGCUUAUCAUCAUAAUCAUCAUCAAAGACAUCAGAGCCAGAGCUAUCCUGUGGAUUUCAGCUACGAUGCGUUGAGCUACGCGCUCAAUUUCGAGGACGACGUGCGAGCUUACGAGGAUGUUUCUUUCCCGAGUUUCACGGCGAGGUUGCCUGCGUCUCCCGUGGCGAAAAGAUCGGCGACGGUUGAUCUUAUCUCGUUCUGAAUCGGUUAUUUGGUUUCUUUUGAUUUCUUGUGACGCGCGGCGAGAAUAUAUAAAUUUUUCUUCCGUUGACGAAUACGACGUCGUUUAAUGUAAAUGUAAAUGUAAAUGCUCUUUCGCGUAUAGAUUGAAUGUUUGCACAAAAACAAUAAAUAAACAUUUUCUAUAUCUUUCUCUGAUCUUUCUUUGUAAUUAAAACAUUUAGUUUACUAUUACACAUCUAAUCGAUUUUACUUUUGAUUGGUAGAGAUGUUGUUGACAACAAAAAAAAUUGGAGUUGAAAUUAAUGGUUAC